AUUGGUAGGUUGGUUCAGUUGCUGUUUUGGUUAUCGUUGGCUUUAGUCUGAUCUGGACUGAAUCGUGUCAUUAAACUAGUGUUUGAUUUUGUCAAGAGAAGUUGUUAAACUGUGUUAAAAACAUUUUAUUCAACUGAGAAUUGAAAAAUUACAAUGGGUGAUCAAAAAAGUGAUGAUUUGGCUACUGCAAUUUUGCGUAAAAAAGAUAAGCCUAAUAGAUUAUUAGUAGAAGAAGCCGUAAGCGAUGAUAAUUCUGUGGUUGCUUUAUCUGAUGCUAAAAUGGCUGAACUUCAAUUGUUCCGUGGUGACACGGUAUUACUAAAAGGAAAACGACGCAAGGAAACAGUCUGCAUUGUAUUGUCUGAUGAAAAUUGUCCUAAUGAGAAAAUUCGUAUGAACAGAGUUGUACGCAAUAAUUUACGCGUACGUUUAAGCGAUGUUGUUUCAAUACAACCUUGUCCAAGUGUCAAAUAUGGAAAGAGAAUUCAUGUACUACCAAUGGAUGACACUGUUGAAGGACUCACUGGAAAUUUGUUCGAGGUUUAUUUAAAACCGUACUUUUUGGAAGCAUAUCGUCCGGUUUACAAAGAUGAUAGCUUUAUUGUUCGAGGAGGAAUGCGUGCUGUGGAAUUUAAAGUUGUUGAAACUGAUCCUAGUCCUUAUUGCAUAGUUGCUCCUGAUACUGUAAUUCAUUGUGAAGGAGAUCCAAUUAAACGAGCGGAAGAAGAAGAAGCAUUAAAUGCCGUUGGGUAUGAUGACAUUGGUGGUGUACGUAAACAACUUGCUCAAAUAAAAGAAAUGGUUGAGUUGCCUCUGCGUCAUCCUUCAUUAUUUAAAGCUAUUGGAGUAAAACCACCGCGUGGUAUUUUAUUAUAUGGACCACCUGGUACUGGAAAAACUCUUAUUGCUCGUGCAGUAGCUAAUGAAACUGGAGCAUUCUUUUUCCUUAUUAAUGGUCCGGAAAUUAUGAGUAAACUUGCUGGAGAAUCUGAAAGUAACUUGCGUAAAGCAUUUGAAGAAGCAGAAAAAAAUUCACCAGCUAUUAUUUUUAUUGAUGAAUUAGAUGCUAUUGCACCUAAACGUGAAAAGACUCAUGGAGAAGUUGAGAGACGAAUUGUAUCACAAUUAUUGACGUUGAUGGAUGGCAUGAAACAAAGUUCUCAUGUAAUUGUUAUGGCUGCAACAAACAGACCAAAUAGUAUUGACGGAGCAUUACGUCGAUUCGGUCGUUUUGAUAGAGAAAUUGAUAUUGGUAUUCCUGACGCUACUGGUCGUUUAGAAAUUUUACGUAUUCAUACUAAAAAUAUGAGACUUGCUGAUGAUGUUGAAUUAGAACAAAUAGCAGCAGAAACUCAUGGACACGUUGGUGCUGACUUAGCUUCAUUGUGUUCUGAAGCAGCAUUACAACAGAUUCGUGAAAAAAUGGAUUUGAUUGAUUUAGAAGAUGAUCAAAUUGAUGCUGAAGUUUUAGCUUCACUUGCAGUUACUAUGGACAACUUUAAAUAUGCUAUGACUAAAAGUAGUCCAAGUGCUCUUCGUGAAACAAUUGUUGAAGUACCUACUGUUACAUGGGAUGAUGUGGGAGGUUUACAAAAUGUUAAAAAAGAGUUGCAAGAACUUGUCCAGUAUCCUGUUGAACAUCCAGAUAAAUUUUUGAAAUUUGGGAUGCAACCAUCACGAGGUGUUUUAUUCUAUGGUCCACCUGGUUGUGGUAAAACUUUAUUGGCUAAAGCUAUUGCUAAUGAAUGUCAAGCUAAUUUUAUUUCUGUAAAAGGACCAGAAUUAUUGACAAUGUGGUUCGGAGAAUCUGAAGCAAAUGUAAGAGAUGUAUUUGAUAAAGCUAGAUCAGCUGCACCAUGUGUUUUGUUUUUCGAUGAAUUAGAUUCAAUAGCUAAAUCUCGUGGUGGAUCUGUUGGUGAUGGUGGUGGUUCUGCUGAUCGUGUUAUUAAUCAGAUUUUAACUGAAAUGGAUGGUAUGGGCGCUAAGAAAAAUGUAUUUAUUAUUGGUGCUACAAAUCGUCCAGAUAUUAUUGAUCCUGCUAUACUUCGUCCAGGACGUCUUGAUCAACUGAUUUAUAUUCCAUUGCCAGAUGAAAAAUCACGCGAAGCCAUCUUUAGAGCUAAUAUACGAAAAUCUCCAGUAGCUAAAGAUGUUGAUUUAUCCUACAUUGCUAAAGUCACACAUGGUUUUUCGGGUGCUGAUUUGACUGAAAUUUGCCAACGCGCAUGCAAACUAGCUAUUAGACAAUGCAUUGAAGCCGAUGUACGUAGAGAAAAAGAGCGAAUGAAAAAUCCAUCAGUAUCUAUGGAUAUGGAUGAAGAUGAUCCUGUACCGGAAAUCACACGCGCUCAUUUUGAAGAAGCUAUGAGGUUUGCACGUCGUUCUGUAUCUGACAAUGACAUUCGAAAAUAUGAAAUGUUUGCCCAAACACUGCAACAAUCUCGAGGUUUUGGAACUAACUUUAGAUUCCCUCAAAAUGCCGCGGGAGGUACUCAAGAUACGUCUCAGGGAGAUCAAACUUUCCAAGAUGAUGGUGAUGAUGAUCUUUAUAGUUAAGUCUUUGUAUCUUUAAAUUUCAUUACAGUGAGUGCACUACGAAAGGGCCUAUCUACGUAAAUUUUUUUUUUUAAUUGUCAUAUUCAUAAUUCUCAAAAAAAAAAAAAAUAUAUAUAUAAAUAAAGUAAUUGAUCACGUUUUUAUACUAAUUAAAAAUUUGUAUUACUAACUAAAUCAUUUUUUCAUUAAUUAUUAUAUAUGUUUGACAAAAAUAAUAAGACAUUUAUUGAAGAAAUAAAAAAAAAAUAAAAAAACAAUUUUAAAUGGAAAUAGAAUUAACAUUUUAUACAUACUCUUUUAUAUUAUCACAUAUGUCAGUAAGAAAAAUGUUCAUAAUAUUCAAAUUUAAACUUCAAGAACAAUAAUUUAAUCAAUAAUUGAUAGACCCUUUUGAUAUGUCAUCACUGUCAAUUUUCACUGUUCAUUUGCUAGUAGAUUUAAAUUCAAUAUAAGAAAAAAUAAACUUCACAUACAUACUACGUUACUGAAAUUGUUUUUCAAUAUUUCGGGAUAUGAUUUUACAAAAUAAAGAAAUAAUUAUUAUAAGA